UGAAAGUAGCCCAGACCCAGACCCAGGGAACACGACCGGAGGCCACAAUAAUAUCAAAGCCAAGAAAAGGAGCAGAUCUGUUCAUCAUGUCAGAGUCCAUCAGGAGAAGCUCCAGCAGGCAGCUCCUGCAGAACCUCAUCAAGGUGACGGUUCAGCGGAGCCUGGAAGAUGCAGAGGAAGUGGAGCGAGAGCGCAGGAGGAAAGCAAGGGAAAGUCAAAGAGAAGAGCGAGGUGCUUGUUUGAAUUCUCAACAGCAAAACAAGCAAGCAUUCACAAUCGCAGCACAGUCGGCUGAGGAGGUGAAGCCCAGUUGCUGCCUUGUUGUGGAGGAAGAUGAGGGCUUCAGUGACUGGAGCCACAGAUUGGAGAAACGUAAUGAUCGUGAACACUUCAGGGUCAAGGAGCAUGAGGCACCUUCAACCAUGCAGUGCAAAGCAGAGAGAGUUGAGGAGAAUGAAAAAGUGCAACAGAGGAAUAUGUUUCUCCAAUCUGCAGGAAGCUCCCCUGUAAGGAAAAAGGAAGCAAAGCUAUCGUACAAGUCAACUGCGUUUCCGUCACAAGAUGCGACACAACAGGACUUUGACCAACCAGCAGACAAAACGCUCCACACGGCCAGUGGAAGGAUGAGACCACACUCACACGAAGGUGUCUGCAUGGCAGACCUCCAAGUGAAAGAAGAAGAAGAAGAAGAAAUACAGCAGAUUUUGCAGAGGGAGUGGAGGUCAGACCACAGCAGGAGCAAACCCUCGUAUGGUGAUGACCAAGAGGAAGGGGAGCUAAACCUUUUACAUGACAAAGUGCAAGACAGGCAUAUGGAGGUUGCGCAAAAGCCAAGGCUGCAGAGGUCUAGGGAAGAACGAUCUCGGUGGGAUGAGGACCGAUCUGUGGGGUCUGCAGUUUCUGUUUGCAGCAGUGAAGAAGAGGAUGCAUUAAACUGCUAUGGUCCCAUGAGUCCAACAUUCAAGAAACUCCUUGUUCAGUUUUACCCAGAGGAGGUGGCAAGCAGAGCUCCAACAGAUGGAUGUGUGAUCACAGAGCGAACAGAAUCUCUGAGAAAGAGCGCCAACAUCCCAAAGAAGAUGUCACAACCUGUUUGUGUGUCAAAGAUUGACAAAAAACUGCAACAGUAUACACAUGCUCUUGAGAUUUCCUCAAAAGAAGGCAGAUCAGCCCCUCAAGUCCCAGUGGAUCUGACAAGUCCCGCUUUGCCUGUCGCCCACACAAAGAAUAUGUUUGAGGCUGGGGAGGCCUGGAAGCAAAAUGCCCUCACAAACACACCAUCAAAGGAGAUACAACUUGGUGGUGUUUUACUCAAGAAAAACAUGUGGGAGAGAUUCGGUGAUGUGGAAUCUCCCAGUAGGAAUGACAAGGAAUGCUCAACAGAAAAACGGAAAACUUGUGUGGUGACUGGUCACAGGAAGUAUGAUAAGGUUUCUGACGAGAAUUGAGGUCAGCCUAAAGAAAAACAGAAGCUGGACUUGCCAUUUUAGAUAUUAAAAGAUAAAUUCAGUUCUAUUGCUGAAACUGUUAAAAUAUUGUCAUUUCACCAGUUUUUCUUUACAAUGUAUGGUACAUUUAUUUCGUAAAUGUUGUAAAAUCCCCUGUCACAAAUACACAACUCACAAGUCACAACUAAUACGUAUGGCUAUAUCCUGCAAUUUAAUAAAAUCAUUAAAAAAA